AUGGCAAGAUUGCUGCUCUGGGCGGGUUUGACACUUCUGCUUCAGCUCCAGCUGGGUACAGCCUUCAAAUUGGUGUGCUACUUCACGAGCUGGGCCCAGUACCGCCCAAGCCCUGCCUUUGUCUUCCCCAAGGACCUCGACCCCUAUCUCUGCACCCACCUGGUGUAUGCUUUUGGUUCAAUGCACAACAACAGGAUUACCACCAGAGAGAAGGACGAUCAAAACAUAAUCUACCCACAGUUUAGAAAGCUCAAGGAAAGGAACAAGGAGCUGCGUAUACUACUGUCCAUUGGAGGCUGGAACUUCGGCACAAACAGAUUCACCACGAUGCUCUCCACGCCCAGGAACCGACGCACCUUCAUUUUGUCAGCCAUAUCCUUCUUGCGGAAGCACAACUUUGAUGGGCUUGACCUUUUCUUCCAGUACCCAACUUUUAGGGGCAGUCCUAAGCAGGAUCGUAGCCGAUUCGCCUUCUUGAUCCAAGAACUCAAGGUUUUUUUCCAAAAAGAAGCCCACAUCACUAAGAAAAGAAGGCUGCUGGUCACUGCAGCUGUGUCUGGUAAUUACAACAUUGUCAGAUUUGCCUACGAUGUAUCAACCAUUGCAAGCUUUCUGGACUAUAUCAGUGUCUUGACUUUUGACUUCCAUGGAAGUUGGGAUGCAGUCACUGGGCACAACAGCCCCCUGUAUGGAGAGAAACGGGGAAGGAAUGAAAUAGACUACUUAAAUUGUGAGUUUGCCAUGACACUCUGGGAGAAGAAGGGAGUUCCCCUCGAGAAGCUUAUCAUGGGGUUUCCUACCUAUGGACGUACCUUUGACAUCCUGAAGUCCAACAAGGGAGUAGGGGCCCCUGCUUUUGGGCCAGCCUCCGCUGGGAAUUACACCCAGGAAUCUGGGUUUUGGGCUUACUAUGAGAUCUGUCCCUUCCUCAAGGAGGCCACGAAAAAAUGGAUUAAGCACCAAAGUGUCCCCUAUGCCUACAAGAAGAACACUUGGGUUGCCUACGAUGAUGUCCUCAGCUUUGCUUACAAAGCGGAGUUCAUAAUAGAGAAAAAGUAUGGAGGAGCCAUGGUGUGGUCCUUGGAUCUGGAUGACUUCAGGGGCUCCUUUUGUGGGCAGGGUCCCUUUCCCCUCGUGAACAGAUUAAAGAAACUCCUGUCUGAUGGCAGACCCAACUCAACUUCUUCACCUAUUGUGACCUUCCAGACUCCUACUGAUGUUUCUACUUGGACCCCUAGAGAGAAUAGUUCUCCAGAACAAAAAAGGCUGACAGCCAUUAAAGUUACUUUGGAGGAGACACCAACUCCCUCCUUUGGUCCCACCAUUCAGGACAUACUCGGGCUGAACUUUGAUUCCCAGUUGCCGACGACGACCUCAUCGGCUCCUGGAAAUAUGACUGUUCCACCUGUCAGUAGCAGCCCUCCCCAGGCUGCCCCUAUGUGGAAAGCGACUACCCAGGAUCCUGGUAACCUGACCACUCUCCAAGUUGAUGAGAGCAGUCGCCCUGUCGACUUCAUUGUCCCUUCCUACAGUUUUCCUACCUUUGAACCAUUACCCCAAACUACAAACCAGAAUAGCUCUCCAUAA